UGUUGUGGUGCUGCUGGGUUUUCUGGAGGACCUUUUCCCUCCCCUUGCAAGACCCAAGACUAAAGGACCUCGAGGUGGCCAAGCUGGGGGACUCCGAUGUCCACGUCAAGAUGUUGGCAGCCCCCAUCAAUCCCGCCGACAUCAAUAUGAUCCAAGGGACCUACGCCGUUCUCUCCCCGCUGCCAGCUGUGGGAGGGAAUGAAGGUGUCGGGGAAGUGCUGGAGGUCGGGCGUCGUGUGGCGACUCUGAAACCCGGGGACUGGGUCGUCCCAGCAGGCCCUGGACUUGGGACGUGGCGGACGCAGGGGGUGUUCCCCGAGGAGACGCUGCUGAAGGUGCCCAGCGACAUCCCGGUGCUGUGCGCCGCCACCCUGAGCGUCAACCCCUGCACGGCGUACCGCAUGCUGGCCGACUUCGAGACCCUGGCGCCGGGUGACUCCGUCAUCCAGAAUGCUGCCAACAGCGGCGUGGGCCAGGCUGUUAUCCAGAUCGCCAAAGCCUCCGGCAUCAAGACCAUCAAUGUGGUGAGGGCCAGGCCUGAUCUCCCAAAGCUGGUGGAGAGGCUGAUGGCCCUGGGCGCAGACCACGUUGUCACGGAGGAGAUGCUGAGAAAGCCGGAGAUGAAGGAUAUAUUUAAGAGCAUCCCGAAGCCCCGGCUCGCCCUGAACUGCGUCGGAGGCAAAAGCACUACGGAGAUGCUGCGGCAUCUGCAGCCCAAAGGGACCGUGGUCACCUAUGGCGGGAUGGCAAAGCAGCCCGUGAUGGUGCCUGUGAGCGCGUUCAUCUUCCGGGACUUGCGGCUCCGCGGCUUCUGGAUGACCCAGUGGAAGAAGGACCAUGCACAUGACCAGGAGAGCCUGGCCAGCAUGAUGGACGCCUUGUACCAGCUCAUCCGGAGGGGCCAGCUUACCGCGCCGGUCUGCACCGAGGUCCCGCUCCAGGACUACAAGGCGGCACUGGAGGCAUCCAUGAAGCCCUUCACAUCCUCGAAGCAAAUCCUCCUCCUCUGACCCCCCGAGACCUCAGCUCAUGGGCGGCAGCGGGCUGAGUCCAGUGCUGCUCCAUCACAGCCAAACUUUCCCUUGCUGCCUUGUCCGCUGACAAGAGAUACGAUGAGGAAAAACUCAUCCAUUGAUUUUUCUUUUUUUUUUUUCUUUUUUUUUUUUUUUUUAACUUUUGGGUGCCCACUUAAAGUUUUAAAAGCCUCUGCAGCUUUGCAUGGACAGCAGCGUGCCUAACUGCUUCUGGAGGGAGGCUGCAAUAUUGCUUUAGCUUGCAAUAUUGCUUUAGCUGGGGUGAGUUUGGGUGCAAGAGAAAGCUCAGGGAGCCUGGGGACGACGGCUUGCUCAGCUCAGGGUGUCAAAAGAGCAGCAGUUCCCUCUCAUGCCUGUUUUUGGGGCUGGGCGGGGGGGCUGUGCUGCUGCCUCCUGCCUGGCUUAGCAGCUGCCAAUGUUGCUCUGCUAUUUGCACUGUCCCUCCAGGUGAUUUUUGGCUGCUUUCGGGUGACUUUGCAGGGUAGCACAGGGCUGGGCGCCGCUCACCUCCCAGCCGGCACGGCCCCGGCCCCGCUGCUGCAGCCUCUGAGCCACCUCCAUGUCCCCCCCUCCAAGUUCAGCACCCAGGUGCCCCUGGGCUGGGGGCACUCCCCACACUGAAUUGCAGAGAAAAAUGGAAUUUUAAUUAUUUUUUUUUUUUUUCCCCUGCCCAGCCCAUCCAUUGCUGGCAGAGGGGGGCAGGGGACACCCGUGCAGGCUGGAGGACAAGGACAAGAGCACAAAGGACCAUUCCAGCCCUUGACAUCACUUUAUCUCAAAAAUGAGCUCAAACAGGAAAAAAAAAAGAGAAACACCAAGUUAGCAAGUACCAGCCAGCGCUGCCGCACCGGCGGGAGCUGUAAGACACCCUAGUCCUUUUGGGGACAGCCCUGGGGUGGUGGCAUUCAGGGUGGGGACAGGACUCGCCCAGCAGGUCACAGCCUGACACGGCAGGGCAAGGGGGGCUUUUGCAAUACCUGGACUUGAAUUCAGUUUUGCUGCUGUUCCCACUGCUACUACUGAUCGUGACAAGAACCUCUUGGAAAUCAAUGUCUAA